AUGCGAUGCGCGAGCAAGGCCGCCGAGAGCGCGUCUGCACGUCUCUGUGCGGACGCCGAAGCAGAAACUACAGCAACUGAUGUCCCAUCGGUUGCUGAAUCGACUCAGCCUGUAUCACCUGGUGAUGCAGGCGCUGGUCAUGAAGACACUCGUGUCUUCACAGAGUACGAGCUCGGUGUCUCGUACUCUCCUGAUACGGAUGACGGAUCCGUAUCGACGGCAAUUGAAUCCAAGCCGCCUGCCAAGCGUGGCAUGGACGAUGCUUUGCGUCGCAGCAUCUUUGGUUCAUCUGAUGAGUCAGAUGAACCAUCGCCGAAGCGAAGGCGCUCGAGGUCGCGAGACUCGGGCGCUAAUAGUGGUGUCGGUUCUCCUAUGGACACCACUUCACAGCGAGGUGCCAGUACUUCUGUCGGCACGUCGCAGGAAGAGCGGGACCGCAAUGUGUUGCGUCUCGCUCCAGAAAAGAAGGCAUGGAUGCCUCCGAAAUCCGUAAUGGAUCACUUGUCGGCGACGACGAGUGAUCGUUAUCGAACACGAUUGUUCGAUUCGUCAAGGAUCCAUCACCUUGACCCCAGCGCGAAAGACUAUCGCGCUGAACAUGAGUUCUUCAUCGAUGCUUUCUUCAGACAUCGAUGGUACAGUGGGAAUCACAAACGUGAUGGUCCCUCACUACUUCAGGCGUGGAACGCCUACAUCCAUAAUCUCGAGGAUGUAGGUCGUGACGCUUGGAACGACAAACUUAUCAAAGCUCGUGAUAAGUUUGAAAAGCGAACCCCGACAGGUGCACGCUAUAAGCUGCAUCGUCUGUCAAGGGAGAAAGGAUUACCCUGCCUCUCUUGGGGAGACUCGUGCCCAUGUUGUGUGAACAACUCUGCACGAGCACCUAAGGAGGCUUACCUCCUUACCAGCCCGUGGUGGCGCGUACGUGUCCCUACUGAGAUGUACGAAGGGAUUGACAACCUGAAAUCCCUUUACGACCGUGCCGGGAAGACUUUCUCCGGCGGUCCUUCUGCGGCACAGGAUGUGUCGCGUCGUACUGCUCGACCAGACCCAGUACGUCAACCAUCAAUUGGGAGCGGGGCUCCCAAGAAUCCCAGGACGGGGGAUAGCCGCGCCACCGGACGAGGUAACUCGUCCGACGUCCGUUCACGUCGCGGUGGUUCAACAGCUGCUCUACUAGAUAGCGCUGGCCACCGCGAGAGUCCUCUAAUGGAGGUGGAGGAGGAGGAAAGACGCUCUCCACACGAUCAUGUGGAUCGGUGUGUUCCCGAGAGCUUUUUGAUCGCGUAA